UCCCUCCUCCCCCGCUCUUUCCGCGAAGGCCUUCCCCAACAAACCGCCCCUCGGUCGCUCCAUUCUUCUUCCCGCCGCUCCACCCGGCUUCCCUGCCCAAGCCAAUUGCUCCGAUGGUCUUUUCCGUUUUCUCCCUUUCUCCCAUCAUACCCACCUACUUCACUUCCUUCCCGCAUGCUCUCCUCUUCCUAGGCUUUGCGGAGGGAUUCUGUUUGGCCGGUCAUGGAGCCGUUGUGCGAGCUGUGUGGUGCCCAGCGUGGCCUCGUCUACUGCAAGUCUGACGCCGCCCGCCUCUGCCUCCCCUGCGACGCCUUCAUCCACUCCGCCAACGCCCUCUCCCGCCGCCACCUCCGCGCCCUCAUCUGCGACCAUUGCCUCACCCAGCACGCUGCCGUCGGAUGCCUCGACGACCGCCACUCCCUCUGUCAGUCCUGCUACCGGGCCGGACCGACGCCGGCGGUUGCGGCCCCGGCCAUCGCCACCACCCCCUGAGCUUCUACUCCGGUUGCCCCGCCCCACUCGAGCUCUCCGCAAUGUGGUCCUCGCUGCUGGGCCUCUCGAACAAUAGUCAUCCUCAGGAAGGCGGCUUGGAUAAGAUGGCGAUGAUGACCAUCGACCAGAAUUGUGCGAGUAACUGCUGGGGCGCCGGGCAGGCUGUGAGCUCGGGCAUGUUUGGUGGGCACGAGAACUCGGUCGCGAAAUUUGAUCCGUGGGUGGCCGUUGCUUCUUCUCCGUCGAUGGCACCACCUGAAUCCAAUUCGGUGCCUCCCUGUGGACCAGAGCAACAGGGUUUCUUUCACAGGGAAUGCAAUCUGCCCAAGCUCUCAGUGAUCUUGGGAUAUGUUAUGACGGCGAGCUUUGUCAAGGUUUUAGCACUGGCAUCGCUGGCUUUAACUUCCAUUUCCGGAUACAGAAUUAGAUGGCUUUGUCAUGGGGAAGAAUUUGUCUGUUGCAGAAUCGAGAGCACAUUAGAGACCUCAUCUUCAGUACAACAAGAUUGCAUGGCUCUUCAGUCAUCUGACAUGUUUCAGCCAACCAAUGCUGGGCAGAUAGGGAGCAGCAGUGCAGAUCCAUCAUUUAUAAAUGUCGAUAACAACAGAAGUGGCAACUUCAUUUUCCACAAUGGAAACGUCUGCCCAACUAUUUCUCUUUCUCUUUCAAACUUGACUGGAGAAAGUAGUGCGGCUGAUUACCAGGACCGUGGGGUAUCACCAACGUUCCUCACAGGUGAGUCAACAUGGGAUUCCAAUCUCGAACCUGGACGCCCACAGGCGAGGAAUGAAGCAAAAAUGAGAUACAAUGAGAAAAAGAAAAGUCAACUGUAAGUGGUUUCUUUUGGUACCAAUUUAAUGCUCAAUGCUGAAAUGCAUUUUAUUAUGCCUUCUGAAAUUUAUUGAGCUCCAAGUCAGACCCAACCUCUGCUAGAUGAAACUGACACGAUAAGACUCAAAAUUUAAACUUACUAAGCUUUUGCAUGCUUUAAG